ACUCAAAUCUUAUUAAAAUCCACCCAUUUAACUAUUAGAGACGUUUUUAUUUAUUUAGUUAUUUAUUUAUUUACUUAUUCGUUCAUUUAUUUAUUUAUUUUAAAACAAAUCUUACAUAAUGCGCCGUUUCUGCGUGUCAGCAGAAGAAGCAGAUCCGGUUUCUAAACUCCACUUCCGUGUUUUGGAGAACUCCUCCGUGUGAUGACUGAGAGGCCGUUUUACCUCGAGUGCGCCCUCGUGUAUCCCUCCGCAGGGUCACUCAGACUUUUUCGUUAUCCGUUUAACGGUGUUUCUCGGCGUUUCCUGCGUUUCUGGUCGUUUCUCUUGCUUAUAUUCACUCACCCGACGCUGUGCUCGAGCAUCGUUUAACUUUAAAACCAGCCAUUUCGUGGCGAAACCUUUCCGCGUGGACCUAUUUGUCCGAGGCGAUGACAGGCGGUGCUUCGGUCCCUCUUAAACAUGGCCACCAUGAUGGAGUAAACGCUACAACUUUACUAUUCUGAUUUUUGUUUUUUUGGAGUUUUUUUCUCUCCCUGUCUCACCCGAACGAGGAAUGUUUCAUCUCGAAACAUCUCACCGAACACCUGAUCCAUGUGAGAGCUUUGGGAAAAGUUUGUUCUCGGAUUACCUGCUGAAUUAAGUUGGAAAGGAAAGAAGGCGAAAAAAAAAAGAAUCGCAUCGAUUCCAAUGUCAUCAGAGGAUAAGCGUGUGAAUCCCUCUGAGCAAGGAACUUCUCCUCCGCAGAGCAGUGCCGGGGCCACGCCCUCCAGGAGCCCCGCCCCCGCGGACAGACGCGUCAGAGGUCGGCCCCGCAGGGACUCCAUAAACUCCGCCCCCACAUCCAGACCCACACGCAAGUCUCGGAGUCGAGGCAGAGCUCAGGCUGAUGAUGAGGACAGCAUGGACGCCACGGACACCACGCUGCCACCAGAGCUGGAAGCCAUGGAGCUGGACGUAGAUGACGAUGAGGAGGAGGACUUCCCUCAGACGCUCUCACCGCUCUUCCAGCGCUCCGUGUCUGAGGACUCGGCCGGCUCGUCAGCCUCGACCACUGGGAAAGCCAAAACUAGAAAAAAGCUGUGUGCCUUCUGUUACUGUGGUGAGCGGAGUGUGUUGGGUCAGGGCGAGCUCAAGCUCUUCGGCCCGACUCCGGGUUACGUCCCGCUGCACAUCCGCAAUCGCCGCGGCAGCUCCGAGAAGGACGACGACUACCACGACGAGGAUGACGACAACGACUUCAACGAUGACAACGACAACGCCCGGAGCCCGGGACAGCGCGGGAGGGGCCUGAAGAAGAUCAGCUCUCCAGACAGCGGACUGCACUCGUCCUCGGCGCCGGGGAGCACGGAUCCGUUCAGCGAGGAGCCCGUCCACAAACUCUGGGACGAACUGGGCCAACUCGGCCUGCCGCACGACAUCAACGUGCAGUCCUUAUUCGACCCCACUGGACAGUGCUGUGCUCACCUGCAGUGUGCGGCGUGGUCAGAGGGGGUGUGGCGUGGUGAAGGAGGCCAGGCUCAGCUCUAUGUGGACAAAGCCAUUGACUCAGGGAGCACAGAGUAUUGUGCAUAUUGUAAGCGCCUUGGAGCCUCCAUUAAGUGCUGUGAGGAGGGCUGUAGCCGCUCCUACCAUUUCCCCUGUGCUGCUGCUGCCGGCACCUUCCAGGACGUCAGGACAUACACGCUCCUCUGUCCCGACCACAUCCAGCUCGCCCUCGUGCGAUAUAAGGACGAUGUGAAGUGCCUGGUGUGUGACAGUCCCGGUGAUCUGCAUGACCAGCUCUUCUGCACUACGUGUGGUCAACACUACCAUGGUGCAUGUCUGGAAGUUGUGGUCACGGCGUUAAAGAGGGCGGGCUGGCAGUGUCCCGACUGUAAAGUCUGCCUCACGUGCAGGAAUCCUGGGGAGGACAGCAAGAUGCUGGUGUGUGACAUGUGUGACAAAGGAUAUCACACGUUCUGCCUGGAGCCUGUAAUGGACUCCCUCCCUACCGGUGGCUGGAGGUGUAAGAACUGUCGGACGUGCGCACAGUGUGGUGCCCGGGCCCUGGGUCAGUGGACGUCCAGCAGCCUGUGUGACUGUUGCCAACAGCAACAACACCCUGCACCCAUGUGUCAUGUUUGUGGGCGGGGACAAGAUUCAGACCUUCCCAAGGACACUCUCAUAUGCAACACCUGCAAAAGGUGUGUUCACGUGGAGUGUGUGAAGCAGGACGGCUCGGGGCGCGGCGUACAGGUGCAGGACGGAUACACGUGCAGCGCGUGUAAACAGGUGGACCAGGACAACACCGAAUGUACUCGCAUCCACGCCGUCCAGGACGCUGUACUCACUGAUCCCGAGGCAGCGGAGGGAGCUUUCAUGGCUGUCGAAGAGGACGUCUCGGUUUCGCUGGAGCCGGAUAGCGCUGCACUUCCUGUUCCUGAAGAACCAAAAGAGUCUCCAUCAGCUGUAGAGCCUGCUCAGGAGAUCCAGGUGACCGUUACUUUGACCGAGGGCUCGUCUGCUUUAGCAUCUCCACUUGCUUCCCAGUGUUGUGCUGCUGUGGUGGACCAAGACGACGAGGAAUCGCACGAUGCUAUCACACCAAUGGAAACGGGGAAGGAGCAAGAGAUCACGCCUGAGCCUGAGCAAGCUGAGGUGGAACCAAAUAUGGUGGACGCUCCGAAAGGCCUACUCACUUCACCUACCAAAGAAUCCCACCGUGAGCCUUCCUCACCGGCCAUGGAGGAGCCCAUGGAUUUAGGUUGUUCAGCUCCAGAGGAGUGCGUUGAGAAUGUUCAAGACUUGUCGGUUUCGGACUUAGCGGAGGAUGUCGGGCAGGGACUAGAGAAGGAGCCAGAGCAACCGGUGGAGGCAAAGGAGGAGGAAGACGAGGUCGCGUCUGAGCUAGCUUUGCCUGAGGAGGUCAGCAUUCCACUGGGCACAGGGAGCAGUCCAACCCUGGAGAUGGAUACUACGCCAGGCAGCGAGCUCAGCUUCUCAGGCUUCAGCUCUCCUGCCACGGAAGACAAGGUACAAAGCCUUAAACGCUCUCCAGCAUUUUCCCCUGAUGGCUCGAUCAAGCUCUGCCAGUCGCCCUUCUCUACAGAGGCCUCACCCAGAGAGACCCCCACGCAUGGCCACAAUACGCCCGGGUACAGCCCCGGUGUUCCCACAGCUGCAUUCUUCCCCCUCACCCCAAAGAUCGGAAUGGGAAAGCCAGCCAUCUCCAAGAGGAAGUUUUCUCCAGGAAGGCCCAGAGCGAAGCAGGUUGGAUGGAGCAGCCGUAGUGCCGUAAGCUCCCCGUCCUGGUCUCCGGAGCACUCAGAGGCCUCGGACGGCUCUAAGAACCGGCAGCAGCAGGGCGAGCUCGUCUGGACGGCGAGACUGGGCCGUGGGUCGGGUUUUCCCGGGCGGAGACGUCCUCGCGGAGCUAACCUGUCUGGCCGAGGGGGCAGAGGACGAUCCCGGCUGAAGAUGGACAGCAGCCUUCUGGUGACCCCUGGGGUGAACUUUCUUGAGACUCCACAUGUGGUGAAGGAGGAAGAGGAGAACAGCAUGCACAACACCGUCGUCAUGUUCUCCAGCUCUGACACCUUCACACUGAGACAGGACAUGUGUGUGGUGUGUGGGAGUUUUGGGCAGGGUUCUGAGGGCAGACUCCUGGCCUGUUCUCAGUGUGGUCAGUGCUAUCACCCGUUCUGCGUCAGCAUUAAGAUGAGUAAGGUGGUGUUGAGUAAAGGCUGGCGGUGUUUGGAGUGCACGGUGUGUGAGGCGUGUGGACAGGCCAGCGACCCCGGACGCUUGCUGCUGUGUGACGACUGUGAUAUCAGCUACCACACGUACUGCCUCGACCCGCCGCUGCAGAACGUACCCAAGGGAAGCUGGAAGUGCAAAUGGUGUGUAUCGUGUACUCAGUGUGGAGCCACAUCCCCCGGGCUGCGCUGUGAUUGGCAGAAUAACUACACACAGUGCGGCCCGUGUGCCAGCCUGGCCGUGUGCCCGGUGUGUGUGCGCGGGUACAGGGAGGACGAGCUGAUCCUGCAGUGCCGGCAGUGCGACAGGUGGAUGCACGCGUCCUGUCAGGGUCUGAACUCGGACGGAGAGGUGGAGAACGCGGCGGAUGACGGCUUCGACUGCACGAUGUGCAGAAUGCUGACGCUCCCGAACCCAGGUGCAGGUCCUGUUGCAAAGCUCACCGAGAGCAUCAGCAGCAGCAGCAGCAGCAGCAUUGAGCCACCAGUGGUCGUACAGACUGCUCCGAGAAUCAAGGAAUAUGACUUCCAGAAGACGUACACUCAGGACGGCGUGUGUCUGACUGAAUCGGGUCUGUGCCAGCUGCAGAGCCUGUCCGUGCCCUCCGGACGGCGCCGGCGGGCCAAACCCAAACUCCGACUCAGGAUCAUCAACCAGAACAGCGUGGCCGUGCUUCAGGCCCCACCGGACCCGCAGUCCGAGUUCACCAGGGAGGGCGACAUGGAUGACAGUAGAGAGGGGGAUCUGAUGGACUGUGACGGGAAGUCUGACUCCAGUCCUGAGCGCGAGCCCAACGACGAAGAACCGAAAACCUCUGAAGGUCUCGAUGGGAUCAAGAAGAGGAAGAGGAAACCCUACAGGCCAGGUAUUGGUGGGUUUAUGGUUCGCCAGAGGAGCAAGACCGGGCAAGGCAAAACCAAGCGAUGCCUGAGCAGGAAGGACUCCACUGGAUUGCUCGUAGAAAACCCCACUGGGAAAGAUGAAGGCUGGAAUGAACCCGACACCCCUAUAGACGAGACGCCGCCUGUGGCCGAACCUUUAGAGAAGGUCAAGAAGAGGUACAGGAAGAAGAAAACCAAAUUGGAAGAGGCGUUCCCCUCAUACCUCCAGGAGGCUUUCUUUGGGAAGGAACUCCUGGAUAAGAGUAAACAGUGUAAGCAGGCAUUGGAGACGGGGCCAGUAGAGGAGGAGGUGGGACACGGAGACAGCAAACCGCCCAGCGCCAACUCCAGCUUCCUGGAUCCCUCUUCAGAUCCGCUCCUCAGUGCCGCAGCCACUCCCAUUUCCGGAAAAGCUGUGACUCUGCCCAGUGCACAGGAUCCCUUAACCGAGUUGGUUCUCCAUUCGGAUGACGAUCUCCUCGGGAUGCUGUCGGACGCAGGCCGCGAUUCAGGUCUUGAUUUAUGCCCUUUCCAGGUGGACAGCUCCCCCUCUCCGUUCGCUGGUUUGGAUAUUGGCACCAUUACUGAUGACCCCUCAGGCCCACCACAGCCUGUUCCUGCCCGUGGACCUCGACAACUGCAGGAAGAACCUCUUGAUGUGAUUCUCAGCCCUGAACUGGACAAGAUGGUGACUGAUGGGGCUAUUCUCAGCAAGCUCCAGAUUCCAGAACUAGAAGGGAAAGAUGUGGAAGACUUGUUUACAGCAGUGUUGAGCCCAAGCACCAAUCAGUCAUCUCAACUAGCACAGUCUCCCAACACCAUCCCUAAUGUGCCAGUCAUGACCGUGCCACAACAAGGACCAGGUGAUAAUGCGAUGUUCCCUCGCAUGCCUGUUAUGAACGGUAUGAUGGGUCCAAACCCCGUCUUUCCCACAAAUCCCAUGAUGUCCGGAGCUGGCAUUUCUAGCUCUUUCUCUCCCAUUCACCGGAUGCCCUUUCCCGAAAGCAUGAGGGAGAAGAAGUUCAGCCAGAUGGGGAGUGAUAUGGUGGGUCCCUGGAGUGCUGCUGUCCCUAUGCCUGGUCCGGCUCCUCCUGCAGAGCCAGAAACAGAUGUCAUGUCCAACGCCCAGAGGAGUACACUGAAGUGGGAGAAAGAGGAGACCCUCGGAGAGAUGGCCACUGUGGCACCUGUGCUCUACACGAACGUCAAUUUUCCCAACCUGAGAGAAGAAUUUCCAGAUUGGUCGACUAGGGUAAAGCAGAUUGCAAAACUGUGGAGAAAGGCUAGUUCUCAGGAACGAGCUCCGUACGUGCAAAUGGCUCGGGAUAACCGAGCAGCCCUUCGCAUAAAUAAAGUUCAGCUGUCUAAUGACACACUGAAGAGACAACAGCAGCAGCAGGCUCCUGACCAUUUUGACCCAAGCAUGUCCAUGGACACUGAGCAGCUCUUCAAAGACCCCCUCAAACAAAAGGAGUCUGAACAUGAGCAGGAAUGGAAAUUCAGACAGCAAAUGAGACAAAAGAGCAAACAGCAGGCGAAGAUUGAAGCCACUCAGAAGCUUGAGCAGGUUAAAAAUGAACAGCAGCAACUUCAACAGCAACAACAGCAGCAGCAACAAUUCAGUGGCCAGUCAAGUGGAGAUACCUCUAACAGUGGGAGUAAAAGUCCCAUGACACCUCAGCCCACCAAUGGAGGCAGCACAUCCCCUCUACAGCCCACGACAAUCAAGGAUACCUUUGUGAGGCCCCAACUUCCUGGGACACCAACCUCAAGCUCAUCUUCAGAUGAUGUAUUUUUGCGUCCCCAAUUGCCACCCCCAUCAUCAGCAGCAAAAACUCCCACCCAGGAUACCCAGUACCCCCAGGGGUCAUCAUCUCAGCCUCAGUCUCCUCAGAUGUUUUCUCCAGGUUCAUCAGGCUCCCGUCCAUCUUCUCCUUGGGAUCCAUAUGCUAAAAUGGCAGGUACUCCUCGACCCUCACCAUCGGGAUCAAGUACACCUCAUAGAUGCUCGGUGUCUGACAUGCAGGAAAGGGGCAGGCCCUCUCCAGCCCACGAGUCCUUUGGUUCACCAACAUCUGCGAAUGCUGACAUGUAUUCAAAACCACCAGACACACCCAGGCCAGCAGACCCAUUUGUGAAACCCUUAGGACCCCCCAGGCCUGGGCCUGUAUCAGAGCAGCAGCUGCAUCUUCAGCAACAACAGGGUAGAUACAUGUUGGCUAAUACUACAUCUGGAGAUUUCACCAGGCCAAACCAGAGAUUAGAGGCAUACCAGCGAAUGCCUCAACGUGUUGUGCUAUCAGACCCUUACUCAAGGCCACUGUUAACACCUAUUCCUGGAAGUAAUGAAUCUGGUUCUGUGCCAAUUUUUAAAACUCCCAUGCCUCCCUCACAUCCUCUCCAAGACUCCUUCAGUACAGGACAGCUAAGCAUGAGGCGUGGACCAUCAGAUGGCUUUACUCAGGGUCAGCAAACUGAUCCUUAUGCGCAUCAGCCUCUAACUCCUCAUCCAUCACUGGGAGAUGCUUUCAACACUGAUGGCAGAAUGAUGCGUCAGGCUUCAGGAGGUCACUUUACACAACCUAUGCUGAUGACCAGGCAUCCUCAAAGGGAUCCAUAUGCACAGGCACCAUCUACACCUAGACCAGAGUACUCCUCACAAAUGGCUGAUCCCUAUUCUCAGCCUCCUGGUACUCCCCGACCUCAUGAAGCCUGUUCCCAGCCUCCUGGUACCCCAAGGCCACAUUCUGAUCCGUUUUCAGUUCCUCCUUCUACAUCUCGACCUAUAGAACAGUUUUCUCAGGCACAGUCAUCUAGCUGCAGGCAGUCUCCAUCUCACACUAUGGAUCCAUAUGCCCAAAUGCCAGGUACUCCAAGACCAGCAGCAGGAGAAAGGUACUCUAAAUCCCCAGGUAAUCAGAGAAAUGCAGAAGCAUACACACAGGCUGCUGGAACACCUCGGCCCACCAAAUCAGAUCCGUAUGAUCAACCACCUGGAACACCGAGACCAGUUCUCAAUGACCCAUAUGCUCAACCUCCUGGAACCCCAAGGCCAAGCCCUAUGGUUCAUACCUCAGAUCCUUUUAGUCAUCAUGUUCAAAACAGGAUGACUGAUUCAUUUGCUCAUCCAGCUGGCCCAGGUUCUCAAACCCCCAAACACCUUGGAAUUUCAGAUGAAAACUUCUCCUUGCCACAGACUAAUCAAACCCCUAUACAUGACUCUUUUGAGUCACCUAUGACCCCAUGUUCACAGUCAGGUGAAAGGCUCCCUCCAACUACAAGCAGCCCUUCUGAUGCUCAGAACCCAAUGCAACCACCACAAGGGGAUACAGAGGAAAAACUUAAACAGCGUCUGAGAUUACGCCAGCUGAUCCUGAAACAGCAACAGCAAAAGAGUGCUAUCAGACAGGAAAAAGGACUUCAAGAGGCUACUGGUACUCCUACACCUGGCACUUCAUUGCACUGGUCGCCGGAAGAUUCUGUACAACCAAAUGAGGUAUUUUUAGGUCGCCCUCCACCCCCAUAUCCUGGAACUGUGAGAGCUUCACCAAUGCACGGAGGUCAGAGAUUUCCUGGACCUUUCCAUGGUGAUCAACGAGUGCCAUUUCACGAUGAGACUCAUUGCCCGCGGCCUCAGUUUUCCGGUGAUAUGAGCAAUAUGGUCAUGAGACCACAAGGGCCUAGGUUUGCAUUUACAUCUGGCGUAGCUGGUCAGGAGUCAUUCCUCCGGCCACCCCACCAGAUGCAAGGCGGACCAGUGGUUGAUAAUGUACCACCACAGAUGAGAAGGUCUCUGUCAGUUGAUCUAGGUAGAUCGAUGGGAGGCAACCCUCAAAUGGGUCUUCCACAACACUUUCUACCACGUGGCCUUCCAGUGCAGCCACACAACAUAAUGGGCCAGCCUUUUAUUGAGCUUCGACAUAGGGCACCAGAGAAUCGAGUCAGACUACCAUUUCUGCCACCCAACAUCAUGGACCAUCCGAAUCAUCCUCAAAGAUCUUCAACCAGCUUAAUGGGAGGGCAACAUAUGGCCUUUCCUGGGACCCAGGGUCCACGGCCUUUGACUCCAAUGAUUGGUCAACCCCAGCAAGGAUCUGUUGGGCACCUGCAAAUGUCAGCAAGCAUAGAGAAUUUGCAUCAGCAAGCAAACAUGCCAGAGAAUACUGCUCCACAACAUCCUCCACUGUCAACCACAAUCACUCAUUCAGUUAGUGGCGAAGCACUUAAUUCUACCCAACCAACACUUCUAGCUGGGACAGUCCGAGGUCCAACAGAAGAUAUCCCACUGCCUUGUGGUGAUGGAAUAGAGGAGAAGUUAGAUGCAGAUGACUCGGCAGUGAAGGACCUUGAGGAUGUAGAGGUCAAAGAUUUGGUUGAUGAUGAUUUGGAAAACUUGAACCUUGAUGCAGAUGAUGGUAAGGAUAUAGAUUUGGAAACAAAUGACCUUCACCUUGACGAUUUCAUUGAAUCUGGGAAAUUCGACCUCCUUGCUUAUGCUGAUCCUGAGCUGAACCUUGAGGACAAGAAGGAUAUGUUUAAUGAGGAGCUAGAUCUGAGUGACCCCAUAGAGGAUGAUCAUGGGGAAACCUCUGUCCUUCAGAAGGUCCUGUAUGAGAAGAAAUCUCCUCAAACUGUGAAUAAAUCAGAGGAUGGUGAGCGACCUUCUCAUGGCAAACAAGAAGAGAACCUAGAAGUGGAAAGCACUGAUGGUCUCUUGACAACAAGUACUAUAAAAACAGAGGUUAAACAGGAUUCAGUCAUCAGUGAGGACCAGUCUGUUGAUGACAACAGGUCUCUAGAGAGUAAAAAUAGCCAAGGAGAAAUGUCCAGUCUCUUUGAGGGAUCACCUCAGCAGAUUGGUUUAUCAAGUGCAGGGGUCCCUUCUGGUUCUGCUCCAGUGCUCUCAAGCCUUUUAACCAAAGAGAAACUUGAUGACUCUGGGAUCGGCCCUGUAGCACCCCCUCACCAGGGUAAUCUUGUCCAGGCUAACCAUGGUCCGGAACUUCAGCCCAACAUGGGCAUGAUGUUGCAGGGUCAAAGGAAAGACCACGGGAUGAACCCUGCAAUGACGGUAGGACACAGAAUGGAUGUGUCACUCGCUCAUGGAGCACCACUAGGAAACCCAAAUACAUUGCCAGUUGGCAGUCAGCAGAUACCAGUCCAAGGAUUUGGAGCUUCACCGGGCCAGCAAGUGGAUAUAAACCUGCCCAUGAUGGUUGGCCAGCAACCUGUCCCCCACACUCUUCAUCCACAGGCCCAGCAGGUGAUGUAUCCACAAGGGUCCAUAGGCCAGCAAGGGCAAAAAAUACAGCAAGGCCAGACAAACAGGCCACUGCUGUUAGAUGAGCAACCACUCCUUCUGCAAGAUCUGUUGGAUCAGGAGAGGCAGGAGCAGCAACAACAAAGGCAGAUGCAGGCUAUGAUUCGGCAACGCUCUACUGACCCCUUUUUAGCUAAUAUUGACUUUGAUGCUAUUACAGACCCAAUCAUGAAGGCCAAGAUGGUGGCCCUCAAAGGAAUUAAUAAAGUGAUGGUACAGAAUAGCAUGGGAAUGGCACCCAUGGCCAGAAUGCAACAGAUGCCCGGAGCACAUGGAACAGAUGCACCUGGGUUGCCUCAGCCUGUUUUUGGACAGGAUGGGAAGCUAGUACCACAGCUGACAAGGCCGAACCCUCCUAAUUUUGGACCUGGGUGUGUCAAUGACGCGCAAAAGAAACAAUAUGAGGAGUGGCUUCAGGAUACUCAGCAGCUUCUUCAACUGCAGCAGAAGUUUUUGGAAGACCAGAUCGGGUCCCACAGGAAAUCCAAAAAGGCCCUCUCAGCAAAACAGCGCACAGCUAAAAAGGCGGGCCGUGAGUUCCCUGAGGAAGAUGCGGAGCAUCUGAAAUAUGUGACCGAACAGCAGAGCUUGGUUCAGAAGCAGCUGGAACAGAUCCGCAAGCAGCAGAAGGAACAUGCUGAGCUUAUCGAGGAGUACCGCGUCAAGCAGGAACAGCGCAGUAUGCAGUCCUCUAUGAUGAAUCCGAUGCAGGCUAUGCCAGGCCAACCCCCUGGCAUGAUGCCUGGUGGACUCCAUAUGGGCCAGCCAUUGAUGGGUCCAAUGCAAUCACGUUCUGGUCAGCCAAACACCAACCGCAUGCCUAACAUGCCUGGCUGGCACCCAAGUGCCCCUGGACCAAUUGGAGGACCCAGAAUACCAUCUCACAUGCCUCCUCAGAUGCCACCAGCCAACCCUGUCCAGCCACCACAGGCCCAGCCACCACCUGCCAUGGUGCCACCUGGCCAGCCUGGCGGUGUGCCUGUCGGUCAUGGGGUUGGAGGUACCGCCCCACACGUAAAGUUUGAUGACAAUAACCCGUUCAGUGAGGGCUUCCAGGAGCGGGAGCGCCGCGAGAGACUGCGGGAGCAACAGGAGAGACAGCGGGUGCAGCUGAUGCAAGAGGUAGAAAGACAGAGGGCUCUUCAGCGGCUGGAGAUGGAGCAGCAUGGUGCAGGCAUGGCUCCAGAUGCUAACCGAGACAGCCUGGCCCACAUGCCCUUCUACAGUACCGACCUGCCCCAAGACUUCAUGCAGCCUGCCAGACCUCAGCAGCCACAGCAGAUGGGAUCUGUGUUCCCCCAGCAGGGCAGUACACCUCUAGACUUUGGGGGCCCUGGUCCAGCCUUCAUGCAGGGUGGAGAGCGACGACCCAUAGCUGGGAGUGCUGCUUUUCCAGGCCAGGACAUGGGGCCAAAUUUCCGGCCAAAGAAUCCAAUGAUGCAUGGACUCAAUUUCAUUCCAGGUCAACCUCGGCCACCAACAAUGCCCCAAGGCGGAGGCGAAGGCCCUCUGUUUGGCAUGGAGUCAGCUACACCGCUGCCUCCUAAUUACCCUAACUCAGGCCAGUCCCUCAUACAAUUAUACUCCAACAUCAUCCCCGAGGAGAAAGGAAAGAAGAAGAGGAAUCGGAAAAAGAAGAAAGACGACGACGCAGAUUCAGUGAAAACACCUUCCACACCUCAUUCGGACCUCACUGCUCCUCUGACCCCAUGCGUUUCAGACACAUCUUCCACCCCCACACGCAAUGCUGCCCUACUGGGAGACCAGGACUCCUCUGAGCUCUCCAAUUCCUUAUGCUCAAUGUCCGGCCUGCCUGCGUCAUCAGAGCUGGAGAGGCAGCUGUCCGGUAGUGGGAGUCUGCUCAGACGCCAAUCUAGUAUGGGUUCAGAGACUGAGCAAGGAGUCUUGGAUGAACUGCAAGAGAUCAAGCAGGAGAAGCUGGACAUGAGCGAGUGCCAGGGGACUGAAGGGUCGUUGGGAUCAGGGGCAGCAGGCAUCGUGAAGGUCGAAGAGACCCCAAGCAUCACUGGACAAAGUCCAGCACACAGUACCAAGGGCGAGUCUGGAAAUGAACUUCUCAAACACCUGCUGAAUAACAAGGGCACACCACCACCUUCAACCACACCCCAUACACAGCAGACCUCCAGUGAUGGCCUGCGAUCGGAGGAAGAAGGAGUGGCAGAAAAUAAGGGCUCUGUCAAAAUGAGUUCUACGGAGUGUUUGGAUGGCACGAAUAGCCAGUUGGCUGGUAAUUUGGAUUCUCUAGAGCCUUCUCUGCCAGACCAAGGCAAGAAAAAGCAGCGCAAUAAGAGAACACCGAAAACGGGGGCCGAGAAACCACCGUCUCGCUGGAAGAAAAGAAAGAAAGAGCAGGAGGAUCGCCAGGUCUUGUAUCCCACCAAUGAUACACUGAUGACGCAGCUCAAACAGCAGCUCUCCCUGUUGCCCCUCAUGGAGCCCCUGAUUGGUGUGAACUUUGCCCACUUCCCUCCGUACGGCGCUCGGCAGCUGAACGGAGAGAGCAGACUGUCCGGAUCUUUUGGCAACGCGUCACUGGACGGGGCGUCAGACUACUACUCCCAGCUCAUUUAUAAGCAAAACAACCUGAGCAAUCCUCCAACGCCCCCUGCGUCUCUGCCUCCGACCCCGCCGCCUGUAGCGAGGCAGAAGCUGGUGAAUGGGUUCGCCACAGCAGAGGAGCUCGCCAGGAAGGCUGCUGUUAUAAGUGGGCAUGAGGUGUCCAAAAGCUUGGGACCAAAGCAGCUGUCGACCGUGUUGAAAAGAGAGGACGACCUCCUGUCUCAGGCCAUUUCUCAGGGACCCAAGACUGUUGACGUGCCUGCGUCCUUGCCCACACCCCCACACACCAAUCAGGAGGAGCUCCGUGGCCAGGACCAUUGUGACCGGGACACCCCAGACAGCUUCGUCCCCUCCUCGUCUCCGGAGAGUGUCGCUGGCAUGGAGAUUAGCAGAUACCCAGACCUGUCUCUAGUAAAGGAGGAACCUCCAUCACCUGCACCAUCUCCUACCAUCCCAAUGCUGCCCAUUGCGAGCGGGAAAGGCACUGAAGUCAUGCGGUGGGAGGUGAAGAAAGAACCCCAGAGCAAUUUCUUCGGCUCCCAUUUUGAUCAGUCUUCCUCCUGCUCCAAGGCCGGUCUGAUGUCCGUAUCGCUCACGCUCAAUCGAGCGGCAGCAGAGAACAUUCAAGGAGUGAUGGCGGCGGUAUCCAACUUGCUUUGCGUCCCUCUACCCGUCAACUACGAGGUGUCUCGUACCCUGAGUCCAGAACCACGCAACUCCCUGGCCAUGCUGGCGAGCCUCAAAGUCCCUCCACCGCACGGACUCGACCCUCGCCAGGCCGCCCUGUUCCCCCAGUCUGGCGUGAGGUUCUCCAGACCUCCGGGAACGAUGGCGUCGACUCAGCACUUCACGCCGAACGCCAGCGCCGGUCCAGCUGCGAUCCGACCAGAAUACCACAUGGAUACAAGCAGCCCAGGGAGAAAACUGCAGUGGUGCGCCCAGUGUAAAGUGGUGGUUUUGGGAAACGGAGUCCGAAGGUCCACCAAAGACCCCUGCGAUAAACAGGAGGGCCAGGUUUGGGCUGAGGGCAACACGGUUUUCUGCAGCCGCAACUGUCUCGUUCUCUACUCAUCCAUCAUGCAGAAUAAACCUGUAGACAGCAAGCCGAACGCAGCCGUGGUACCUGAAUCUGAAGAGAAAUGCCCCCCCAAAAUUCUCCACCAAUACAGCUACAACAUAUCCUCACUGGACGUACACUGCCUGGCCCAGAUGCAGCCCAAGCAGUCCCCGCCAUCCACCCCUCCCAUCUCUUUUCCGUCCAUCUUCUCCGAGACACAGAAAGCCGAGAUCAAGUCGGACGCCCUGAAGGUCACAGUCAAACUGAAGCCCCGGCCCCGGGCCGUCCACAAUGGAGCGGAUGAAGCGCGCUACCAUUCUGCAAAGCGCUGGAAAGGGCUGCGUUGGCGCAAGUGGAGCAUCCAUAUCGUGGUACCCAGAGGAAAGCUACAGCUGCAGAGUGAGGAUGAGCUGGAAGAGCUGCUAAGGAAGCUGGACGCGUCACUGCGGCCGGAGCCGCUGCCCAAAGACCAACGACGUUGCUGCUUCUGCCACGAAGAGGGCGAUGGCCUCACAGACGGCCCGGCCCGACUGCUAAAUCUGGACCUAGAUUUGUGGGUGCACUUGAAUUGCGCGCUCUGGUCCACCGAGGUGUACGAGACCCAGGCGGGCGCACUCAUCAAUGUGGAGCUGGCGCUGCGCCGUGGCCUCAGUAUUCGCUGUGCCUACUGCCAGCGCACAGGCGCGACCAGUGGCUGUCAUCGACUACGCUGCACCAACACAUACCACUUCACCUGUGCACUCAAGGCUCAGUGUACCUUCUUCAAGGACAAGACCAUGCUUUGCCACCUGCACAAACCCCGUAUGGGCAAUAGUGCUGGGGGCGCCACAUUUGGAGUACUGGAGCACGAGCUGCGCUGCUUCACCGUGUACCGGCGUGUUUAUGUGCAGCGUGACGAGGCACGCCAGAUUGCCAGCAUGAUGCAGCGUGGCGAGCGGGAACACACCUUCCGUGUAGGCAGCCUGGUGUUUCAUUCAGUCGGGCAGCUCCUGCCACAGCAGAUGGAAGCCUUCCACUCGCCAGCUGCCAUCUUCCCCAUCGGCUACGAAGCCAGUCGGAUCUACUGGAGCAUGCGCCAUGCCAGCCGCCGCUGCCGCUACCUGUGCUCCAUCGACGAGAAGGACAGCACCCCUGAAUUCACCAUCCGUGUGGUGGAACAAGGAUAUGAGGACCUUGUGUUGACUGGCUCCUCCCCUAAAGGUGUGUGGGAUAAGGUUCUGGAGCCGGUGGCCGAGAAGAGAAAUGAGACAGGCACUCUUAAACUGUUCCCCAUCUACCUGAAGGGAGAAGAUCUGUUCGGACUGACCGUACCUGCCGUCACCAGGAUCGUGGAAUCGUUGCCGGGGGUGGAGGCAUGCGCUGGCUACACGUUCCGUUACGGCCGUAAUCCGCUGAUGGAGCUGCCGCUGGCCGUCAAUCCCUCGGGGUGCGCUCGAUCCGAACCUAAAGCUUGCACACAUGUCAAGAGGUGUGUGUUAAGGCCUCACACACUGACCAGCGGCUGCUCCGCUAAAGCCCUGCAGACCAACGGGAGCCCAGCCGAGCUCACCGGCGCCCCCUACAGUAAACAGUUCGUGCACUCCAAGUCCUUUCAGUACAGACGCAUGAAAGCCGAGUGGAAGUCCAACGUCUACCUGGCUCGUUCACGCAUCCAGGGCUUGGGGCUGUACGCCGCCCGAGACAUUGAGAAAUACACCAUGGUGAUUGAAUACAUCGGUACCAUCAUUCGUAACGAGGUGGCAAACCGCAAAGAGAAGAUGUAUGAAUCACAGAACCGUGGAGUUUACAUGUUCCGCAUCGACAGUGAGCAUGUAAUAGACGCGACCAUAACAGGAGGACCUGCACGAUACAUUAACCACUCCUGCGCGCCCAACUGCAUAGCAGAGGUCGUGACCUUUGAGAGAGGCCACAAGAUCAUCAUCAGCUCCAACCGCCGGAUACAGCGUGGGGAGGAGUUGUGCUACGACUACAAAUUCGACCUUGAAGAUGACCAGCAUAAGAUUCCUUGUCACUGUGGCGCAGUAAACUGCAGGAAGUGGAUGAACUGAAUCGGAGCGGACAGGAAGAAUGUUCUAACUCCACACAUAUGCAUUCCUUGUGAUCUUUUUUUUUUUUUUUUUUUUUUUUCUUUUUUCUUUCCUUUUUCUAGGCCCGUUUCUAAACAGGAAGUGUUGUGUCGUUUAAAUAAAUAAAUAAAAUAAAGAACUUAUCAGGGCAGAUAAAUAAGACCGAAGAACUGUAAGGGUUAAUAAUAGACAAAAAAAAAAAAAAAUGGCCAGGUGAGGGAAGGGUAAUAAUGCGGGGCUGAAAACCAGGCUGUACACACACUUACAGACGUACACACACAUACACACACACACACACACACACUGGUCCCUCUGCAGAAACAGCCCGCAUGCGUUUUACUCUGACGGGACGUUGAUGAGAGCUUCAAGAGACUCGGUGAGGAAAAUGUGGUUGGGUUUAAUCUCACCAGCUGACCAGGAAGUGAUCGUGCUGGCCACAGCCUUAUUUAGAUUAUAAAGAGGCGGGUCCUCUGGAUAAAAAAAAAUCUAUACAGAUACACACACACACACACACACACAUAUAUAUAUAUAAGUAUAAAUAUAUAUAUAGAGAGAGAGCGCGAGAGAGAGAGAGCGAGAGAGAUAUAAAUACAGAAGUGUAGACACCACUGAACAAGGAAUGUACUGAGAAGACUUCCUUAGGGAUAAAGCUAAGGGAUUAUUAACUUGCACUAAAACAACAACAAAAAAAUAUGGUUUAAUAAAAUACUUGAUUCCAUGAGUCAGUUUAUUUUAUUUUUUCCUUUGUUUUUGAUUUCUGUAAAAUAAGAGGCAACUUUUUUUGUAUUUAUUAUGAAUCGAAGCUAUUUUUUAAAAGAAUGUUGACAAAAAAAAAAAACAAACAAACCCAGAAGAACGUCAAGCUGCUUCAGAAGGCUGCGGGUUGAACAGAAAAUGUUACUUUCUAAAAAAUAAAAAUUAAAAAAAAAAGAAAAAAAGUGUAAAUAUUCGUCUAAUUUGAAAAGAAGAAAAAAAAAAGGACUAAUUAGAAAUAUUUGACCAAAUGCUACCUUAACUUCAUUAGAGAUAUUUGUUUGGGUGACGUGUUUUUUUUUUGUUUUUUGUUUUUUGUUUGUUUUGUUUUUUUUUUUUUGCUUCUCAAAAAAAAUUUCUCCAAAAAAAUUAAAGAAAAGAGUAAAAUUAAAAAAAUAAUAAUAAUAAUAAAAAAAGAAGAGUAUUUAAGGAUUUAUGGAUGCCAGGAUAUGAGUUUGAUUUUGAGAGUCUAUGUGUUGUAUAAAAUUGUACAGAAUCUGUAAAGAGAAAAAAAAAGAAGAAAAAAAAUGACAGAAAUGAAUUCAGAGUAUUUUUGUUGUAUUUAGAAUGUAGAGUGAAUAUUGUCUAAAAUUAUGACCACUUGAAGAAUAAUUCUGUACUUUUAUUUUCUUUUUACACGUUUUGAUUUCUUUUUUUCCUUUUUUUUUGCAAUCGACUUCUUGUGAUCCGUGUUAAUCAGCGAAACGAAGUGCGCUGUGAAUUUUCUUUCGCGUCCAUGCAGACAGAUUUGAGGCGCCUGAGCAAGCACGAGGGACUGUUUUUGUUUUCUUUCCUUCUUCUUCUUCUUCCUUUCCUUUAGUGACUGCGUGUAGUGUCCAUGAACUUUGGUGAGAAAUCGAAAUGCCUUUCACACGUUUGCUUUGACAUUAAGAAAUGUAAAAAAAAAAGUAUGCUCUUUUUUUGGUUGUUUACAUUAUUUUAAGAAAGAUGCUGUUUAGUGUUUGACUAGUUUGGAAAUCAUGGUAUGAUGUUUUUCUUUCUUUUUUUUUUUUUUCUUUCUUUCGAGCUUAAUAAAGAAUUCAGAACCUGGUCCGAGCACUUUGCUUACGGGUUUGAAAUGAAGUUUUUGAUGUGUGCACAAGUGACAGUAAAAUUUGUUGGACUACAUUUUGCUGGUAUAUUCAAAAGUCCUGAGCUUGUAAUAUAAAUGGCAUGAUGUAUUUUUAAAAAAAAAAAAGAAAAAAAAAAACUUUCGAAUGAAUCAAAUUGUACAUAAUUUCUCAAUGACUGGUUGUAAUGAAAUUUGUUUCUUGGAUAUUUUUUCCCCGCUCUUGUACAAUAUUCAGACGUUAUUAACAGUAUUUGUCAUUUCUCGGUCCUGUACAGUAGUAUACAAUGUCAAAAAUGAAGACUUUUUUUGAAGUAUAAAAAAAGUGUAAUGGGUUUUUUUUUUGUUUUUUGUUUUUUUUUGGAGUUUGUGGAAUCAGAUUUAGGAAUAUUUACAAGAAAUAAAUAUUUUACAUCUUUA